ACCAAAACCCCACUUUCCUCUUCCCAACUCUCUCUUUCUCUCUCUCUAUCCAAAUUUUCUCCAUCGAUUUCUGCAGUCAUGUCUUCCUUCACCAGCAAAUACGCCGAUGAGCUGAUCGCUAACGCUGCCUACAUCGGCACACCUGGAAAGGGUAUCCUUGCGGCAGACGAAUCGACCGGCACCAUUGGAAAGCGACUCUCGAGCAUCAACGUCGAGAACGUUGAGUCCAACAGAAGAGCUCUCCGUGAGCUUCUCUUCACUACUCCAGGCGCUCUUCCUUGCCUCAGUGGUGUCAUCCUCUUUGAAGAAACCCUCUACCAAAAGAGCUCUAAUGGGACACCUUUUGUGGAUAUAUUGAAAAAAGGAGGAGUUUUGCCUGGUAUUAAGGUUGAUAAGGGCACAGUUGAGCUCGCUGGAACCAAUGGUGAGACGACCACACAGGGUCUUGAUGGUCUUGGUGAACGUUGCAAGAAGUACUACGAGGCUGGUGCUCGUUUCGCCAAGUGGCGUGCGGUGCUUAAGAUUGGUCAGAAUGAGCCAUCAGAGUUAGCCAUCCACGAGAACGCUUAUGGUUUAGCUAGAUACGCUGUUAUUUGUCAAGAGAACGGUCUUGUACCGAUUGUGGAGCCUGAGAUUCUUGUCGAUGGUUCUCAUGACAUCCACAAGUGUGCUGCAGUUACAGAGCGUGUCCUUGCAGCUUGCUACAAAGCCCUGAGCGAUCACCAUGUUUUGCUAGAAGGAACCUUGUUGAAGCCAAACAUGGUGACUCCAGGAUCAGAGAGCGCCAAGGUUGCACCAGAGGUGAUCGCAGAGCACACGGUCCGUGCACUUCAGAGAACAGUGCCAGCAGCUGUUCCGGCCAUUGUGUUCUUGUCGGGAGGACAGAGCGAGGAAGAGGCGACGAGAAACCUGAACGCGAUGAACCAGCUUAAGACAAAGAAGCCUUGGUCGCUGUCGUUUUCGUUUGGAAGGGCGUUGCAGCAGAGCACGUUGAAGACUUGGGGAGGGAAAGAGGAGAAUGUGAAGAAGGCGCAAGAAGCGUUCUUGGUUAGGUGCAAGGCUAACUCUGAGGCUACACUUGGUGCAUACAAAGGUGAUGCUCAGCUCGGUGAAGGUGCAGCAGAGAGUCUUCAUGUUAAGGAUUACAAAUACUGAGGAUGAAGCUAAAGGAUCGUAGUUUUCAUAUCGUCGUUUUUGUUUUUGUGUUUUUUUUUACUUCAAAACAACGGAAUUAUCUUUACUAGUUCUUGUUGUGUUUUGUUUAAUAGAGUGGUAAAAAGAGAAGACUCCCCUCGAUGAAGCUUUCUCUGAGGUGUUUGUUCUUGUGAAACCUUUCUUCUAAAUGAAUGUUUUGUUGAAAUCGAAAGCAGUUCUACAGGUUC